ACUCAUUCGGCGUUACUUUGAGCCACGGUUGUCUUUUGUUAGACCAUCUGAAAAACAUUUGUCCAUAAUGAUUUAUCUUCCUUCAUCGCAUACCGUAUAAUUUCUAUGAGAUGAAUAAAAAUUAUCCUCGUGAAAUACACAUUCAAAAUGGGAAAACUAUAAACAAUCGAAGUGCUUUGAGUAAUGGCAAGGAUGAAAAUAAAAAGUUAGAACGAAAUGUAACUAUCCACUGGUGCGAAUCUGAAAUGUCUUAUCAUGAGCUAUCCCGUGAAUAUACUGGAGUCGAUAUACGUAAUAACGAAUUGCAAAAUAAUAGUUAUCUUGCUGCCCCUGGCGGUCAAUUAAGACCCGCAAUCUCUGAAGUAGAAGGGUUAGACAGAUACGCUAAACAAUGCUUAGAAGAGAGGUCUGUAACACCAUCUGAAAGAAACGGCCACAUGAAUGGUCAUUCAACCAAAUCGGAUGCUAAUCACGUUUCUACAGAAUCGUUUUCUUCAUUUAAAAGGCAUCCUAUUCAUAAAAAUGAUCAAAAAAAUGUACAAAAGCAACCAGAGAGCCUGACAGUUUUUGAGAAAUUAUGUCAAAAGUUUUCUAAAGAUGCAACUUAUAAGAAUGAAAUACGUGCUGGAAAACGAUUAGGAUUUUAUCGAUUUGUUCUGGAUAUUGGAAGAGGGAACUUUUCAAAAGUCAAGCUGGCACUUCAUAGUUUAGUCAAUAUCGAAGUUGCAGUCAAAGUUAUUGACAGAACUAAAUUUGAUGAGAAAACUCGACGCUUACUUUCUCAAGAACUAACGAACAUGGAACGUUUACAUCAUCCACACAUAAUUCGUGCAUAUGAAGCACAUGAGGUAUUACAACGUUGGCAUUUGGUUAUGGAAUAUGCGCCUAAAGGUGAACUUAAUUCAUAUUUAAAACGAUCUGGUCGAUUGGAUGAAAAAACAUCAAAAAACUAUUCUUCACAAAUACUUUCAGCUCUUGAUCACUUACACAGUAAUGGUGUGGUUCAUCGAGAUCUGAAGGCGGAGAAUGUUUUUAUCGUCAGCAACAUGUAUGUUAAACUUGGUGAUUUCGGCUUUUCUAAAUGUGUUGCUCCAGAUGCUGCCUUGACAACGUUUUGUGGCUCUCCGCCAUACGCUGCUCCUGAGUUGUUUGUUGCGGAUUCUUACACAGGACCAGCUGUGGAUCUUUGGGCUCUUGGUGUUCUCUUAUUUUAUAUGGUAACUGGAAGUUUGCCUUUUAAAGCGGAUAGUUUACACAAAAUUAAACGUUUAAUUCUAUCAGGUGAUUACCGAAUCCCAGCCUAUGUUUCAAACGAUUGUCAAACAUUAAUCUCAGGAUUAUUGGCGACUAAUGUUGAACGCAGAUAUACCGUAUCUCAGGCGAAAAGUUCCACAUGGUUCAACGACAUUGACUGGCAGCAUCUAAUGAAACAUAAAGAUCCAACUCCUGAUGAGAUUGAUGAUGCAUCUGCUAGGUAUCUAUUAAAAAAAUGGUGGGAUGUAGACUCUUAUGAAUUAGAUAAAGCAUUAAGUGAAGGCCCUAAAAACAAACUAACUGGUAUUUAUCGUAUUCUUCGUAGCAAAGGUUUACAAUACAAGAAAGAUCCUACCUUACCUGAUCAAAAAUAUAAAAAUAAACGAGGUCGAGUUAAACGUAAUGGUUCUUGUAGUACCGGUAAAAAUAAACCACGUCCAGCUAGCGUAUCACAUAAAGAAUUAACGACUGUUGAUCUGAGAGAUCAAAAAUCUAUGAAAAAUGGUGAAAACUCUACACGAACUUGCAACAUUUUGUAAAAAAAUGUAUAAUUAAUUUUCAUUUUAUUCAUUCAUUCAUUUGUUUUUUAACUGUAAAAAUUUUAUUUUCCUCUUCAAUGUCUCACUUUGUGUUUGUUUAUUUUAUUUACUCUAUAAUAAUUUCGGAUGGAAUACAGGUUAAAAUGGACUGUUUUGUAGUCUUUAGCAUCACAUUAUACUAUUUAACAUUUUGGUACUAUUUCUCUGAUACAUUUUUUUUAAUAAAAAUAUAUUAUCAAUAACUUUUCAUCACUUUGGUUCAACUUCACUGAUUAUUUGUACGAUGUAAGAUGUUGUUUUAAUAAUAAUAAUAAUGAUAAUAAUAAAUAAUCUAUUUUUAACAUAAAUAUAAAUUUAUAUCACAUGUCUUUCUACUGUUGGUAAUAUUUGCACUGCCUAAUAUCAUGUUUCUUAUUUUAACUUAUUGUUUGUUUGUUUGUUUUUUCAAUCAUUGUUUUAUAUUCAAAUUAAAAAGAAACCUAAUUUCUAUUGUUUUCAUAAAUUUUAUCAAUAUAAUGUUGAUUGUUUUAUGUAUGUUUAUUUCAAUUAAAUCUAGUAGAUAUUUCAAUAAUAAUUAAUCAUUUCUAUUGUUAAAAUUUUUAUUCAUUAUUAUACAAAUUACAUACAUAUAAUUAAACUAUAUCAUUGUAUUACAUGAUGAUUGGCUGUGAAAUAAUGAUUAUUCUCUGAUUGGUUGUACGGUUGAUAGAUCGAUUGAUUAAUCAAUCUAUCGAUUAAAUGUGCUUUUUUUCUAAAAAACAAAAAAAUAUUAUUAUACAUAAUAUUAUGAUUCAUUUAUUUAACUGACCUAACUAAACACCUAAUUCCUUGAUUGAUUCAUCAUUUAUUUGCAAUAUAUUUGUUAGUUUAUUUUUAACUUUAUUUUCUCUUUCAGGUUCUUUCUUGUGGUUUCACUUUUUGUGAUUAUUAUUAUCAUUGGUUGAUUUUAUUGUAUAUUUUCUAAAAGAAAGAAUCUCUUUGAUUUGCAACAUUGUCUUUUCUAUUAGAUUAUAUUAUGAAUCAAACUACGUAAUGAAUAUAUAAUUAUAAUUAUUAUUUUUAUUGACAGUACUUACAUAUGUUGAUUAACCAAAAUAGUAAAACUUUAUUCAUUUCCAUAAUUAGUGAUUUUUAUUCUUCCUUUUAAAAUUAUUAUCUAUAAAAGAAGUUGAAAAUACAUGUAAAGAUGCAAUUAACAUGUAAACUUCUUGUAUGUAAACUUGAAAAUAAUGAACUGAUCAAUCAUUUAAAUUAUCAUGUGUACUUAUAUUCGGUUAAACUGGUUAAAUGAAAGGAACCAUAAGAAUUUUGUCUAUCUCUGUAUCACGAAUCGUUAAUAACGAAUAUCAUACUUGAUACUAUUUUACAGUAAAAUGAUGGGAAAUACAAAAAUACUUUUUUUCAUUAUUUUAAUCUCAAUUAUUGUAUUUUCUCUUUUCCUAGUUUAAUCGAUCCAUUAUCUUUUCUGUUUUGUUUUUCGGUUAUUUUCUAAAUUUCUUAUCCUGGUGUUGUUUCAUUGUGUAUUGUUUAGAUAAAAGACAGACUGAAGUGAAAUCUCAUUCUUUAUACACUUUUCAUAAACUAUUUAUAGUUUUUGUUAUAUAUUACAAAUUGAAUUGAUUUGUUUUUCUACUGAAUAGAAUAAUUGUAUUUGAUUUUAUGUAGAAUAUAUAAAUGACAAAAUGGAAAAAUAAACAAUUUUGUUGACCUUUUUAA